CAUCAUCUGUCCCGCGUAAGCGGCUGCUCCCAUUGGACAUACACGCGGAAGUGAAGGAAACAUUUUCGCUAACAACAACAGGGAGUCUGUACUCACUUCAAUUGAUAGAUUUUCGUCUCCUGGGGGGGGACUUAACAGACAUGGCCUUACCGGCUCAGCUCAAACCCAUCCAGCACCACCUCCGGACCGCACAGGAGCAUGAGAACCGGGACCCGGUCGUGGCUUACUACUGUCGGCUCUAUGCUAUGCAGACAGGCAUGAAGCUGGACAGUAAAACACCAGAGUGCCGAAAGUUCCUGGUCAAACUCAUGGACCAGCUGGAGUCGAUGAAGAAGGAGCUGACUGACAACGACUCCAUCAGUCAGGAGGUAGUUGGCAACGCUCACAUCGAAAACUAUGCCUUAAAAAUGUUCCUCUAUGCUGACAACGAGGACCGAGCGGGACGAUUCCACAAGAACAUGAUCAAGUCUUUCUACACAUCCAGUCUGUUGCUGGACGUCUUGUCUGUGUUUGGGGAGUUGUCAGAGGAGAACAUCCAGCACAGGAAGUACGCCCGCUGGAAGGCCACCUACAUCCACAACUGCCUGAAGAACGGGGAGACGCCUCAGGCUGGACCCAUUGCCAUGGACGAGGACGGGGAAGCAGAUGGAUUUGGAGCUGAGGGUUUCUCAGGCCCUGGCCCCUCCGAUGGGGGAUCCUUCAGGGGGGGUCCUCCUUCCCAGGCCUAUGACCCCCAGGACAAGAGUUUAGGUCCGGGCCCCGCCCCAGAGAUCGGAUUUACUCCAAGUCCAGAAUCGGGGCCACCGGGUCCCCUCGCCACCACCUACAACAACAUCCACAUCCCACCAGGGGCCCACGCACCAGCCAACACUCCAGCCGAGCUGCCUCCACCCACAGCAGAAGGAGUUAAACCAGUGCCUAUGCCCCGAUCAGUGCCCACUGUUGACCCCACACUGCUCAACGCCCAGCAGCAGGGCGGCGUUCAUCUCAGCCCGGAGGACUUCACCAAGGCCCAGAAGUACUGCAAGUACGCGGGCAGCGCCCUGCAGUACGAGGACGUGGGCACGGCCAUCCAGAACCUCCAGAAAGCGCUGAAACUCCUGACAACCGGCAAAGAAUGAAGCCUUUGUCCUCCUUCGAUCUGAUCCCUCCAUCCCUGCUCCGACCCCCUCUUUUCUCCCCAGCAGCGCCGCUCUAUCUGUCACUGAUCUGGCCCACAGCGAACUGAGGACGCAGCUCACGCACACACACACAUAUAUAUAUAUAUACACUCAUACGCACAUUCACACACACACGCUUACACACAUACAUAUACACAUACAUAUAAACACACACACUGAGGCCGUCCUGUGAAGAGAGCUGUUCAGCUCGCCGUCAGAGGAGGACAUGAUGGAAAUCAGUCUGCAACAAUGGCCGCCUGUGUCUGACGCUUCGUCGCACCGACUGACCGACCGACUGACUGUUGAACAUGUUGACUGUCUGACUCAUGUUUAACUGGUGGAGCCCAAAAACACAGAUCAAAGCUUCAUUAUUGACAACUAUCGGCUCACAGCUUCACAGGUUUACAACAUUGUCACUUACACUUACAAUACAAAAUGUUGGUACACGCUCACCACAACAAACUCGAGGUCCUCUUACUACGCUUUUCUCUGAACUGAAACGCGUAUCGCAGUCUUCACCGACAGUGGAGAGGCAAAGCAAUACGGCCCAUUUUCAACACAGUUCACAGUGGUUAACAAACGGUAUAAAAUAAGUAAGACGGGAUGAAAACAGAGGAAAGCAUCCUAAUGAAGUCUUUAAAUGCUACGCGGGAAAACCAGAGCUCUGAAAAAGCUAGUAAGUGGACCUUUAGUUAAGUUUUUUUUUUUUUUUUGUCAAACUUGUUUCAGAUUCUGAAAUUCCUUCCCCAUGCAGCUCAUCUAUGUUAAUGUCCAUCUCUUCUUUUUUGAUGGGUAUCGAUUUAUCAAAUGGAGUCGAUUGAUCGGUGUCAGUUUAUUAAGGGAAAUCAAUAGGCACUAAUGAUUUCCGCCUGGAUUCGCAUCAUCAGUGGACUGAGCGAGUUUCCCUCAUGUCUGUGUGCAGCAUGUGCAUGUUACAUUCAGUGUAUGUUUGGCAAAAAAAAAAAAAAAGAACAACUCAAAAACCUAACGCAGAAAAAUCGCUUCAGGUCCGUAGAAAAGUGUCGUCGCUACAAGGUCUACUGUGAUACCGUCUGUCUGGGAAACCCGGGUGGAUAAAAUAGCCAGAUGUGAAAGUUAAGCCCGUGAAAUUUCAGAAGGGGCCUGAAAAAAUCCUGAUCCGGAACGAUCCGGAUUCAGAAUGCACUCGACCAUCUAACCCUGGAUCAAACUCAAAACUUAGACUCGUAGGGUUGACAUUUUUUGACUUGGGUCACAUUUCAUCAGAAUUCGUUUAACUGGGUGUUUUUGCUGUUUUCUAGGUUAAACCUGUGUCUUGUUUUCAUGUCACAUCCAUUCGGUUUUGUCCCAAAGCUCAGACAUUAAAGAACAAAGUGUGGAGGGAAGAAAAAAAACAAAAAACUUACAAUCAGUAAAUAAAACUGCUGUUGGGGCGUCAACAGGAGGCGCUAUUUCA